CGUACUUCUAACAUCAUUUGGAUAUUGAUACACAAGAUGGGUGACAUAGGCGUAUUUUUCCUUUGUUGGUUAUUUUCUGCGACAAAGCGUCAUCUGUAAAUACCAAGAACUUGAAUCGAAGUGACUAUAUAAAACCAGAUCGUUUGGACCACAGGAAGAUCUCGGGACGGUGGUAUUUGUACAUGGACACACGUGACACGGACGUCAGAGACAACACAUUCGGGGAUUUUGAUGUUCUUGGGAAUGGAAAACUAGUGAACAAUCUCUAUCGUUGGUUUCCAGAUCUAGAAGAGUGUCGUACUACAGCAUUGUCAUUUGACCCCAUCAGUUCUGAUCCAGAGACUGUAGUGAAGUUCCGAGUCACCCGGAGGUCCACAAAUGAGACACUAGGAAUGCAGACAUUUUUGUACAUCGAUGAUCAUCCGACCGAGGGCUUUUUGAUCAUGCACCAAGAAACACACAUGGAAACCUAUCUCAUCACCACCAGACAGAGGGAUCCCUCUAAUCUGGACGACGAUAUUGAGGCCGCUUUAUUGGAGCUUGAUUUGGAUCCUCAAAACUUCAGAGUUAAAUCCACAAACUACGGUUGUGAAAGGAAUAGAGAACAUGGACUGGAACUGUGAAGAGAAGACGCUCAUAUCUUAGUUCUACACUGUAGUGUAUUAUACAAACUUUUAUCAUAAUGUUUUCUUUUCAUCUUGUAUGAACCUUUCCUUUGAUGUAUUCUACAAUUCUUCAUACCACGUUAUCUGUAGAAUUAC